GACUCGCUGAACAUAGUGUAUUCUUUCCACGGCUCUGCAGAAAGCUUACGGGACUUUUCGCGUGUGUUUUGCUUCUUUUGCUUUGCAAUCAUUUCUGAUCGUUAUUGCGCAGAUCAGAAUCAGCGAUGGACCCGUUGUUCGAAGCACACGAUGCAGGCCCUGGUUUUGUUGGCAUUAAAUUUUGUAAAGAAUGCAACAACAUGCUGUAUCCAAAAGAAGACAAAGACAACAGAGUUCUUCUGUAUGCAUGUCGGAACUGUGACUACCAGCAGGAAGCAGAUAAUCGGUGUAUCUACGUGAACAAGAUCAUGCACGAAGUCGAUGAAUUGACACAAAUUGUUGGAGACGUCAUAGCAGAUCCGACCCUCCCUCGCACAGAAGACCAUCCAUGUCCAAAGUGUGGCCACAAAGAGUCUGUGUUUUUCCAGUCGCACAGUACAAAAGCUGAGGAAGGUAUGCGACUAUACUACGUAUGUACCAACUCAAACUGUGUUCAUCGCUGGACUGAAUAGUUGCUACAAGAACAUUGCCAUCCGAUCACAUUGUAUUGUCAUGUCAUCUCAUGAGAUCAUCCCCUUAUAUCACUGACAUGUAGUUACCUCACAAGUGUUCUCAUUAACCAUGUAUUGAAGACAUUUCAACCUAACACUAACAUACAUCUACUGAAGACCCCGGAGAUGUUUCCAUCAUACCUCGAUCUCCAUGUACCAGUUAAUGGUGUAGGAAUGUGUUAUAUUCGUUGUAUAGAAGGAAUGCCAAUUUUAUGUGAAUAAGACAGAGGAUAUAUGGAUCAGUGAAUUAUUAAGUGAGCUGUACACCCCAAAUCCUUGAAAUACUUUUUGGCUUUGUCAUCCAUGGGUACAGCAAAAACCUCGAUUUGUUCUUCAUGUAUGAGACAGGUGAUCAGUCAGGAAACCUGGCAACCAAUGAACUGUUGCAAACAGUAUGGUGGAGUCACCUACAGAUAUCAUUCCAAGGGAACUUCGAAAUCAGACUGUUAUACACGCAAAGAAUGUUAUUCACAUGAAGAAUAAUGAUACGUCUUUCGUACAUUGGAGUCGAGUGUACAAACAUAACUGUGGAAGUUAUGUAACUACAUUCCACUCCCAUCCAGCUAAUUUUAACCCAGUUGCCCAUGCCUCAAGUACAGUAACUGUCUUUGUCCAUCACUUUAAGUCAGCAGAGUUUUAUUGGUCCAAGAUUGACACUAUUCAUUGCUUUGUAUUCAUGAAUAUUGAAUAACUAUCAGUAAUGUUGAAACGUUUUAGGAUUUCUGAUAUUUUGUUUCAUGAAUGGAUUUAUCAUUACAAGUCGUAUGUAUGUUUAAUAAAAUAUUGAAUGGUU